AUGAAUAUUUUCAAAUUGGUACCAGAAGUUCAAUAUAAUGGGACAGAUUUCUCUAUUCAAGGCUUGACAGAAAUUGCAGGACUCCAGUUGCCAAUUUACGGAAUUAUUCUGCUCCUCUACCUCCUCAUUGUCUUUGGGAACAUGACUAUUUUUGUAGUUGUCUGGGGGAAUCCUUAUCUGCACUCUCCCAUGUAUGUUUUCUUGAUGAAUCUUUCAGUCAUUGACAUUGCUUACACAUCAAAUAUUCUGCCCAACCUGUUAAACAUGCUUCUGACACAACAUAGGACGAUAUCUUUUGUUGGAUGUAUGAUUCAGCUGUAUUUCUUUAUUUCCUUGGCUAGCAUUGAGGUCAUCUUACUUGCAGCGAUGGCAUAUGACCGCUAUGUGGCAAUCUGUCAGCCACUUCAUUAUGUUUUGCUUAUGAGUUUGAGGCGCUGUGCUGGACUUGCAGUAUCUGCAUGGGUCAUUGGGCUUUUGGACCCAACAGGUCAUAUUAUCAUCAUAUGUAAAUUGUCCUUUUGUGCAUCCCAUCAAAUUAACCAUUUUUUCUGUGAUGUCCCACCACUCCUUAAGAUCUCUUGCAGUGAUACAUACGAUGUAGAAAUGAUGAAUUACAUUGUAGGUUCAUUCCUGACACUCACAACGUUCGUGCUAACAAUGAUCUCUUAUGUUAUAAUUAUUUCCACAAUAUUAAAGAUAAAAUCUGCAAAAGGCAGAUAUAAAGCAUUCUCUACCUGCUCAUCUCACCUUACCUGUAUUAGUAUAUUUUAUGGAACAAUAAUCUGCUUGUACAUGAGACCAGCCUCUAGCUAUUACCCAGAGCAGGACAAAUUCUUUGCUCUAUUAUAUAUAGUCUUGGUGCCUCUACUCAAUCCUAUCAUUUAUAGUUUAAAAAAUCAGGAUUUUAAAGAUGGUGUUAAGAAACUGUUGCAUUCAGCAUCAGUGCUACGGUAUAUCUAG